AUGGGAACAAGAAGGUUCUUCGAGUACAUCUUUUUGUACCAGAGCCCGGUGAUGUUCCAGAUUGACCAGAAGACGAAGGACUGCUCAAAGAUCGCUCUGACCGAGGCCUGGGAUCCCUUCCACAUCCCAGCCAACUCCACCUUCGAGGACCAGUACAUCAUCGGAGGCCCCGGGGACAACGUGGAGGUCCAGGAAUGGUCGGACAGGAAGCCGGCACGCCAACAUGAGACCUGGGUGGGCGUUUACACCCUGAAGGACUGCUACCCCGUGCAGGAGACCUACGCCAGGAACAGCAGCGUCACCACCUCCACCCGCUUCUUCAACCUGCAGCUGGGCAUCAGCGACCCCGACGUUGAGAGGAUGUCGGAGUCCGGCUGCUGAAUGCCCUCACCUUCAAUCUUAGAUACUUAAAAGGGAUAAUCUCGCUGAAUUCUUCUGUUACAUAAAUGUCUGUGAGGUCACAAUCGUUUGUCUGAUGAGUUAACACAAGAAGAGUUUUUAUUCAGCAAAGAUCUAAUUAAUGACUUCUGACGAUGAAACUGUUUAAAUGCUCCUGUGACCGUUUGUUUUCCUGAGUUUGGAAGUUGUUUUUCCAGUUUUGGUGUGAAUGCAGGAUUAAACCAGUUCUUUCAGUAAGCGCCGGCUGUCACAGAAACAGCCUAUGAGUCACUUAGUUACUGCUGGCUGCUGUUUUCUAUUCUUGAUUCUAAUAACAUUUAAUUCACUAACUA